GCCUCCCCGACUCCGCGCGAGCAACUCGAGUAAACACCCUGGGCUCUGGCGGUGCGUCUCCAGGGUACAAAGCAUGUCCCAAUCAUGACGAGCAAAAAUGGAGACCACAAGUCUCCUCAAAUAUCAGCGACAUUGAAAGCUGACUCUCAACCCAGCGCUCAGCGCGUCCCGCCCCCCGAGACUUCGGAAGCUAUCCAAACACGAUUCCGAGUCAUUGCUGCCUUUUGGGCAGUGAUUGUCUUUCUGGGAUUCCCAAUAUGGUGGAAAACUACUUCCAUUUACCGGGCACAUCUGCCCAUUCGGGAUAUGGCUGAUUGGGCCGAUGGCAAGACAUGUCGCCCGGUUUUCCCGCUUGAAAUUCACGUCGCAGCGCCGACUAUGCAACUGCCGGAGUCGCAACAUCUCGUGCGGACGACUCAGCAUGCUCUCGAUGAUCUCAAUGAAUUCGCCGCCCACCACCUUCGUCUUAAGUUGACCAACGACACCGAGGCUUCCACAGCGCAAGGGAUUGAUAACACGCCCAUUACCGGAAGCAUCGUGGACAAUGUCCCGGACACUGCAUUGACCGUUCGUGUGGUGGCCCAGGAGGAUCUGGCUACCCCUAGGUCCGAACUACGCGCCGACACAACCCAGCUCGACAUCUUCUACCCACCGAGUCAGGUGCCCAUUCCUUCAUCUUCAAACCCACCGCUCUCGGUCUUCAUCGCAGAGGAGCUGCAGCGCUUGUACAGCGAGGAAAAGGCGACAAUUGCUCACAUUCUUUCCAGCAGCACGGCCGGUCGUGACUCGGAUAGCAUCAGCCGGCGAUUACGCCGGUCAAUGAAGUACGCUGAUACAUACCAUCUCUCAUUCUCCUUGUUCACGCCCGGCUCUGCUCCAUCCUCCUGGGAUAUACAAGCCGCGGUACAGGAGUACCUGUCUCCUCUCCUCCACGCAUUCGGUCCCAUAAGCAACUUCACCAUCGACACCCAGGUCCAGCUUUAUGCAACUUUUUCGCCCAUGGCACCGCCCCCGGUAUAUGAUGAGACUCAAUCCGCAUGGACCUUGAAGAAGGAAGAUCUCAGCGCCUUUAUCAAUGCCGCUGAGUGGCCACUCAACCCCAGUAUUGGCAACGGCCCUACUCUCAACUUCAUUCUUUAUGUCCCGGAUCCCUCCCAAUCCCCCAUGGUGGUCAAGGAAAAUCGUGCAUCCAGUUGGAUUGUCCCGCAAUGGGGCGGAGUUUUCCUUCUCAAUCCCCCUCUUGAACAAGCGGGCAAGAGCGGGAGCCAAACGAACCCAGCCCACAUCACGCAAGAGUCGUUGCGCCCCGCAUUCAUGACCUUUUCCCAUCAGCUAUUGACUCUCCUUGGCACUCCUACUACCCCUGCAUCUCUCCCGCUGCGCCUUCAGUCACUUAUUCGUGUUCGGGCUGCAACUCUUCUCCUAUCUGCUUCAUCUACCAUGGGUUCUCUGGCUCGUCUCACCGAAUCUUUGGCCUCUAUCCCCAUCCCGGCUACCGUUGCAUCUUCUGUCUCCACGACACUUGCCCAACUCUCGGCUACUUGCUCUCAUCUCCGCGAAGGCCGCUUCGGUGCUGCUCUCGCCAGUGCUCGGAUCGCAGAGACCGAAGCGGAGCGCAGCUUCUUCGAGAAGAGUAUGGUUGGCCAGGUCUACUUCCCAGAUGAGCACAAGGUUGCCGUCUAUCUACCUCUAUUGGGUCCUAUCGGCGUCCCCUUACUGGUUAGCCUGAUGAAGGAAUUGAAGCGCCUCGUAGCAGGGUGGAAAGCACAAAGGCGUUCCACAGCAUAAACAAGUCCAUGCCAGUUUUUCUUUGUAUUCUAGGAAUUAUUCCAUAUAAACAUUUUGACAAUUGAUAAUCAUUUUGCAUUCUGAAGUCUUCUACUCGCCAUACAUUUCUCCACUGUGAACCUUCCCUUAUUAAUUCAUCCACCGGAUGCGUAUCGCAAAGUCAGAUUCAGGUAUCUUAAAUCAAUGAGAUGAUAGCAACCCAAAAUAAUGCAAGUAUACGCCAGACAAAUGCUUGAAGAAAGCGGGCACACACAACGCUGGUAGUUUAGAAAUAAAGAAAACGAUCACCGAGAUGACGACGCAAUCACAGCUUCAACUCCUUCCCCUGCAACUCGCCAAGUUUGUAUGAGGGAUUCCCCUUCGAAUCAUUAAACCCAACCGCCUGCACCAAGUCCGUAAACGUGGUAUCCGGCCUCGAGAUACUCCCCGGAUACGGCUCGGGCCCCAAAAACUUCUUCGACUGAGAGAACGCGCCUGGCGGCGAGUACACCUUGAUACUCUCGGUACUAGGCUGACGCUGGCGCGGUGGCGUAACGGGACAUUGAAUCUGUACCUCCGGCACGGGAGGAACAUCCUUGUCCGUUCUUUGUUGACCGGAGAAAAGACUCCUCACUCUUGACCCGGUGCGGGAUAGCAUUGAUCGUCCACCCGUUGAGGAGCGCCGCUCUGCUGAGGAACGGAGGAGGAAGUCUGUUCGGUAGGAGUUGUCUUCGCUGGCGAUGGGGCCGGAGAUUCCCAUUACUGCACCGGAGGAGGACCGUUGGGACCAGUGCUGUCCUGUCUUGGGAUCAUUGUGUAGGUCUUUCUUUUGAGCUCGGCGGCGAAGGCAAAUUGUUAUUAAGAUGGCGAGGAUGGCGCCGAAGAUUGCGCCGGGGAAGAAUCCUGCUAGUACGGCUUGGGUAGGGAAUGAGGGACAUGUUGAGGCGAGGGUCGAGCUGGACUUGGCCUCGGAGGAGGAAGAAGGUGAGGCUACUGGUGUGAAUGUAGCGCCAGUUGUAUCUGCGGUGGUAGAUGUUGAGGUUGAGGAUGAGUUUGAAGAGGUUACUGUACUUGAAGUCUUCGUGUUCAAGGCACAGGUGCUGUUCCCUUGGCAGGUAUACCCGAAGGGGCAGCAGGCGCUUCCGCAUGUAGGAAGGGAAGAAUCGAGCUUGGUGGUCUUUACUGAGUUCUUUGGGUGUGCAGUUGCAUUUUGCUCUUGUACGUCGCAGACAAUGGGCGAGAUGUAGUCACAGCUGGCUCCGGAUGGACAGCAUAUGGCGGAGCUGGCGUUGUCGAGGCUGAUGCAGGUUGAAGUGGAAGGACAGCAGAACUCGUCUGGUAGACUACUACCACAGGAGUCGUAAGAGCUAGGACAAGAUCCUGAUCUUCGGGAAAGCAGGCCGGGAUGAUCAAAUGCAAAGGCAUGGCUUGAUUGAAUGUUGGCAAUGAAGCUCAAGACCAAGAGGGCGGCGGACCGUUUGGUGAUGACGCCUACGGACGAUCUCGCCAUAUCGGCGAUUUUGGACGUAGUAGUCAAUAUCCCUGAAGUGAUUGAAUGGUCUCGGGGAGUUCAAGUGUCGCAGGAGUUGUAGAAAGGAAGAUAUCGUAGCCAAAGCCGAAUCGAAGCAGAGAGGGAUUAUGGAGAUGGAGAGAGGGAGAAACCAGACGAAAGAAUAAGAGGGAAAUGCCAAUAGGCAGACAUGGCUAGUAAUAGUCUGAAGCAUAUAGGAGUUAAUAUUGGGCAGUCAGGCAAUAAUGAAGGACGGCAAUCAAAGGCAUUCAUUCAGGAAGACUCCUUUGUAUGCUUCUAUUCAUGGCACGCGCCCGGGGUCCCAAUAAGGGACCACCGGCGAGUUUCAGCAUGAGUUGCAUGGUCUAAAUAUGCAAUAUAGCGGGCGCUAAGCCGGAUUUCCCUUUGCAGAACCAGCCAACCUGGCCGGGAUCACAGGGUCAGAGAAGCAGGUCGACCGAAG